GAGAGAAAAAGGUUCAGAAGGAGAAUUUAGUCCCCAGUCACAUGACAUCCCAUAGCCUAUUUAGUUAGUAGAAUUUCGUAAGUGUUCUAUAAGGAAACUUGGUCGUGAGGUACGAAACAGGUAGCUCAAUAUCAGGUAAAUAUGACUACACGCCCGAGAGGUUCGAAUUAUGGACGUUCUAGGAGUAUGGAUCCUGAAAAGGAACAUAAAAUAAGAGAAAUGGAAAGAUUGAGAGAAGAAUAUUUGAAGAGAAAAAGAGAAGAAAUGUUGAGAGAACAGGCUUUGAAAAGUGGAGGAAAAACUCUCGAAGUUGACGUUGUGGAAUUGUAUGCUAAAGAUAAUGCCUUAGAUCACAACACAUCCCGAUAUGAUCUUUUAAAUGGCAAAGAUGCACCUGCAAUUUUUAGACGUGGCCAACUUUUCUACAUGUGUAUACGAUUCAAGCGAAAUUUUGAUCUCAGUCAGGAUAAAAUAAAACUGAUAUUUUUAAUAGGGCCUCAACCACAAGUUAGUAAAGGAACUUUGGUUCAAUUGCCCAUAACUGGAAAUCAAUCGUUUACGAAACCAAAAUCUCAAUGGGACAUACGAUUGCACCAUCAAGAACAAGCAAUUAUACAUCUGCAGGUUCAGAUUGCAACUAAAGCCAUUGUUGGAGUCUGGUCUUUAAACAUUGAAACUACCCACCCAAGUAGCACUGUUCCUUCGCAUUUUCAAGCAAGCAAAAAUAUUUACAUCCUUUUCAAUCCUUGGUGUAAAGAUGAUGCUGUUUAUAUGGAAGACGAAGCGUGCAGAAACGAAUACGUUCUUAAUGAAUCUGGUAAAAUAUUCGUGGGAUCUCAUAAAGCGCCGAAAGGCAGGAGAUGGAUUUAUGGACAAUUUUCAUCCGCCGCUUUACCAGCAGCUAUGGCUAUUUUAGAAGCAUCUCCUCUGGAUUACGUGGGCCGUGCAAAUCCUGUUAAAGUAGUUAGAACAGUAUCUGCAAUGAUUAAUAGCGAAGAUGAUAAUGGUGUCUUGAAAGGCCGAUGGGAUGGAUCAUACGACGAUGGUACCGCGCCUUGGAUCUGGACCGGAAGUACUGCCAUUUUGGAGGAAUAUCUUCGAAAUGGAGGAAAUGCUGUUAAAUACGGACAAUGCUGGGUUUUCGCUGGAGUCUGUACCACCGUAUGUCGUGCUUUGGGCAUACCUUGUCGUCCGGUUACUAACUUCGUAUCGGCUCACGAUACUGACGAUACGUUGACCAUUGAUAAAUUUUUUGAUCCCAAAGGAGAGAAAAUGGAAUUGAAUGACGACUCUAUUUGGAAUUAUCACGUUUGGAAUGACUGUUGGAUGACAAGACCCGAUCUUCCUCCUGGUUACGGAGGUUGGCAAGCCGUAGAUGCAACACCUCAAGAAACGAGUGAUGGAGUUUAUCAAACAGGACCCGCUUCACUAGAAGCCGUGAGAAGAGGUGAAGUUGGUUUUUCAUAUGAUUCUCCUUUUGUGUUUUCCGAAGUAAAUGCCGAUAUUAUUCAUUGGCAAAAGGACGAUGAUGCGCCAAUUGGAUGGAAAAAACUCAAAACUAACAAAUAUCAUGUGGGUCGUUUCAUUUUAACGAAAAAAGUAGGAGUUGAGGAUCACAAAGGUGAUACCGACGUAGAAAAUAUAAUUAAUCUCUACAAAAAUGUCGAAGGGACUGCAGAGGAAAGAAUUGCUAUAAGAAAUGCCGCAACGUAUGGUAAUUUUACAGAACUGUUUGAGAUGCCUGCAACAGGAGAAGAAGACGUAUUCUUCGAUAUGUUGGAAAUUGAUCAAAUUAUGAUCGGAGAACCAUUUGAUAUUGUUUUGAAAAUUGAAAAUCUCAGCAACAGUGUCAGAACUAUACACACUGUCAUGUCGGCUAAUACAGUUUAUUAUACAGGAAUUAAUGCACACGUGGUGAAGAAAGAAAUUCGAAAAUUAGUAUUGAAUCCACGUCAGAAGGAAACAUUAACUAUUAAAGUAACUAGUCAGGAAUAUUAUGAUAAGUUAGUUGACUAUUCGAUGAUGAAGAUUUAUGCAAUGGCUACCGUAAAAGAAACCAGACAAACUUGGACAGAAGAAGAUGAUUUUGCUGUUGAAAAGCCAAAAUUGAAGCUUGAGGUGUCUGGUCGUAUCCAAGUGGGUAAACCAUUCGAUCUGAUUGCAUCUUUCGUCAAUCCACUGGAUAGAAUACUUCAGGAUUGUGUAUUUAUUAUCGAAGGUCCUGGGCUCUCUGAACCCCAUCGAUUUUAUUUCAGAGAUAUCAAUCCAAAAGAGACAGCUGUUUAUAAAGAAUCAUUUGUACCUUUUAAGGAAGGUAAGAGAAAUAUUGUGGUAAUGUUCAGUUCACGUCAGUUAAUAGAAGUUCAAGGUUCGAUGGAAGUGGAAGUUGCACCUUAAAACCGUUUCAAAAGAUUAUUUUAUGGCAUAUCUGAGGUUAAAUUUUACUAUUAUAAUAAUACAGGAUCAAUAUUUUAAAUAAUGGAAUUCAGCUAACUAAUAAUUUAUAUGUAAUAAAAGGCUGUACUAAUAACAAAUAAUAUUUUAUAGCCCAUUUUAUAAAAUAUUUUGAUGCGAUAAAUGAUUGUUUUUCUUCUUGUAUAAGGGAACGUUCACAAACCACGUAGCCUACUUAAGGGGAAGGAGGUAAAUCAAUAGCUACCAUGGACCAUUAUAAUGGGAAAUGGGUCUGAGUCAGGUAGCAUAGACUUAUUUUUAAUUAAUAAAUUGUUCUGAGUUUAAAUAUAGCAUAUUUCUGUUGAAAGUGUGUUAUAGUUACGACGUCAUGUGCAUAGUAUCAGGGAAACUAUUAUCAGAAGCAAUUUUGAACAGAAGGGUCAAUAAAAUAGUAAUAUUGAUCAAGUGAUACCACAGCAACAUAAUUGCACAAUUGGAAAUAUUUUUAUUUAACUCAUUAUUACAAAAAAAUUAAUAUGGAAUGAUAUAUAAUAUAAUAUAGUUAUAAAAUAAAAAUGCAUAAGUUUUUUCUUAUGUAGUUUUCUUAUGUAGUGUGGCGUGAAUAACUGUGAAUAAUUGUAAUUCUAAUGUUUGCAACAACACAAUAAAGGCAAAUUUUAAAAGUUAAAAGAACUAGAAACAUUUAAACAGGAAAAACCAUUUUGAAAAUAAAGUUAGCUACUGCGAGCUGUUACAAUUGAAAAUCUUGGGACAAGAAUAUAUUAAAUAAUUUUUUCAAGUUUCAGGAAAAUUCUCCCUAAUACUUCCGAAUUUUCUCUGUAUUUUUCGGACAGACAUUACACAUUGAUAGGCCAGUCUAUAAGAAGUUAUGGCUUAUGAGUCUUCAAAUUAUAUCUGCCGUAUGUAUAUAGAAAUUCGCCAAAAUUCAACGAAGAAACAGUUAAUACGUUUUUCCUAAGGUCUUCAAUUGUUAUUUGUAACUGAUCCACGUGACUAUUUUAUUGUGUAUUUUUCAUGCGUGUUGCAAAAAAGUUUUCUCUAUUCUACCUGAUGUUUAAUUUUAUAAAUAAAGUAAAAAUAUUUGAGAAUCCGAUUUCCUUGAACCACGCUGUUUUAGGGGUAGAGGCAAACAUAGAAUCAUCAGGAUGGAAGGAGGUGUCAAAAUUUGCAAAAUAUUAGGCUCAUGGGUUUGUGGAUGUUCUCUAAGUGCCAAUUCUGAUAUACCCAGUAUUAUAAAAAUAAAAGAGUGAAAACAUUAAA